AUGCCAGAAGAGAACCGUGAAAAUGAUUUAAAUGAACUAAGGAAAACAAAUCAACAUGAAAAUGAUUCAACUGAACAAGCAACUAUAACUCAUGAUAAAGUUUUAGAACGAAGGGUUGUUAGGAAAUGUGAUUUUUACAUGCUACGAAAUGCUACUAUUGCAGGAUUUGAUUACAAAUACUUGAAUUCCACUCCAUCAGAAUAUAAUCUCGCAAUAGCAAUAUAUUUUGCUUCUUAUAUGGCAUUUGAAAUUCCUUCGAAUUUUGUAACUAAAGUUUUGGGGUUCCAAGUUUGGAUGCCUAUAAUAAUGCUUUGUUGGGCGGCUGCUUCUAUGAGUCAAGCUGCAUGCAAAAGUGCGCUUCAAUUAGGCAUAACUAGAUUCUUCUUAGGAAUGGCUGAGGCUGGUUUUCCUCCGUCUGUAAUUGAAUAUGUCGGGUUUUUUUAUGCAAGAAAAGAACUAACCUUAAGAUAUUCUAUCUUUAUGGCUUUAAUUACCAUCUCUGGCGCACUCGGUGGGAUUGCUGUAAAUGAGGCUUCAUUAAAAGGGUUUCAAUGGUUAUUUAUAAUUGAAAGCAUUCCAACUAUCAUUAUGGCUAUAGUUGUUGCUUUAUACAUGACUAGUGGUCCUGGUGACGCCCGUUUCUUAACACCUGAGGAACGUAAAUUUGCUCUUGAUCGUCUAAGACCAGAAGGUGGUCCUGCCCCUAUAGAUAGAAAAACCACAAAAGCUCAGAUAAAGCUUGCGUUCAAGGACAUUACAAUCUAUGUUUACCUAAUUUUGUUAUUCCUUGGUUCGAUCCCAUUCAACGCUCUUAAUUUCUUCCUUCCAACCUUAGUUAAACAACUUGGUUUUAGUAAUGUAACUGCUCAAUUAAUGGUCGUACCACCACUUCUUGUUUCAACUGUCUGGAUGACCUUUAAUUCUUGGGCAUCUGAUAGGUAUCAAACAAGAACUUGGAACUUGGUGGCUUCAUAUUCUUUAUCUAUCAUUGGGUUAGUAGGAAUUAUGGCUACAAACUCUCAAUUAUAUACCUUAAAAUAUUUCUUCCUGGUUCUUUUGUCAUGUGGCGCAUACUCUGUAUUACCAAUAGUAUUUAGUUGGUUCACCUGUAAUAUUGGAUUUGUUGGAAUUUUAAUUUACCCAGCUGACGAAGCACCUCUAUUUAUUAAAGGAAAUCUUAUAUGUUUGGCCUCGGUAAUUUUACAAACUAUUUUAACUUUUGGAUUGAAAUUUUAUUUGGAAAACUUAAAUAAGAAACGUGAUUUGGCUAUUUUAACUGCUAAAGAUUAUAAAAUUGAUAAUGAUUUAAAGAAAAAUACAAAGAAACUUAGAGAAAUAGCCAUGAAAUUGGUGGAAAAUGAACCGAGAUUUGAUGAGAUAUUGUGUGAUAGUCAUCCUAAUUGGAGAUAUAUCACAUAA